AUGGCUAAUCUUUGCAACUUAACUUGCCAUAAAAUCAAUGGAGUUUCACAAAUUCACACAAAUCUUUUAAAGAAUCUAGUUUUUAAAGAUUUUAAUGAGUAUUUUCCGCAUAAGAUUAUCAACAUUACAAAUGGAGUUUCCCCAAGAAGGUGAAUUCAUUGUGCAAAUAACGGCUUAGCAGAUAUUUAUAAUAAAUACUUAGAUGGAAGUGAUUGAUUAGCUGAUUUAGCAUUAGAGGAUAAUAAUAAAAUGCCUAUGCUUGGAAUUAGUUCUCUUCAAUUAUACUUGGAAUUCCUUUGUGUAUUUAUAUGUAUGGGAUUUGAGUGGAUCUUUAUCCAGCAAUACCGUGAAUCCUCUAACGCAUCGUCGAGGAUAGCCGAUCCUGGAUUCUAGAAGGCAUAGGAUAUUCUAUUCAGAUGGAGACCUUUAGAUAAAGUAUGUUUAGGAGUUAAGCGUAGGCGAGGUAACGCACCUGCAAGUAUAUUUUAGCUCGAAUGUGGAAAUCAUAUUUUUGGAUUGUGUGCAGCGUUAUGUAAAUUGCAUGGCGUAGGAAUGUUUGGUGAUAUCGGCCUAAUCAUCUUGCUGAAUAAGGCAUACUAAAUUAAUCAAAGACUAAGAUUUGUCAUUAUUGAGGAAUUUAGACCCAAAGAUCACCGAUUCAAAAUUUCAAGAAGAAUGGUCAGAUAUAAAGUUCCAGAACAAAGUAAGGUUAACUAAAUUCAUCUUAAAAGAGACAGAAAUUGAAGUGUCUCCAUACUCUAUGUUUGACGUCAUCAUUAAGAGAUUUCAUGAGUAUAAACGACAGCUAUUGCUUGCUCUUUAUAUUAUUUAUUAUUAUCUAGAAUUAAAGCAUUUGACAGCUGAGGAGAAAAACAAUAUUCAGCCUAAAGUUUAUAUUUUUGCAGGCAAAGCAAUGCCGACCUAUAUUGCAGCUAA